UUAUUUUAUUCAGGGACCUUUCUUUUCCUGCUAUAUGUCACAAACUUGUACUUCGCGUAUUCACCUUGACAUUGCAGUAUUAAGUAGAUUAAGCAUUUUGCAAUCAAUUUUAUCCUCAACUUACAUUUUUAAAAGCGUUAUAGUGCAUGAUCCAUGUCAUUUCUCAUUUGAGGGGUGUAAGUAUUUUUAUUAAAUUGGUGGAUGAAUGCUAACAUGAUUUUGACCUUGUGACCCUGACCUCCAGAACAGCAAGGACAUGUUCUUCAUAUUGGUAUCGAGACAUUCCCAUGUUGUGUACUGAAUUAAAAACUCUGCUUGUGUUGUGACACUUUGGGGCCACAAUAUGGAGUCAAAAAUUUUCAAUGGAAUAAAGAUUUUAAAAAAUCUUUUAAAAAUCAUAACAGCAGGACCAAGGUCACUCAGGAAUACUGUCGAUAUGCCAUGGCUCUUACCUACCCUGGAUCUCAUCAAGGACUUGGGCAGAUGUUGAAGCUCACUGUAGUGAUGCAGAGAAAAUCAUUCACCAUGCUUUAUAUGGACCCGCUCAGAAUCAAUCCUACAACAGACUUGCAGAAUUUACAGACACAUUUGGUUCCCGAAUUGCAGGAUCUGAAAAUCUAGAACAUGCAAUUGAUUACAUGGUCACAAAACUGAAGGAGGAUGGUUUGGAUAACGUUCAUACUGAAGCUGCACAGGUACCUCACUGGGUACGAGGAAAUGAGUCUGCAGCAAUGGUUUCACCAAGAUACCAUUCUAUGUCCAUUCUAGGAUUAGGGAGUAGCAUUGGAACCCCUCCUGAGGGCAUAACUGCAGAUGUACUAGUUGUAACUUCAUUUGAUGACCUGAAGGCAAAGGCAGAAAUGGCUAAAGGUAAAAUAAUAGUAUACAACCAAAAGUAUGUGAGUUAUGGCACGACAGUUCGCUACCGCACUGCUGGAGCUAGCGAGGCAGCCAAGGUGGGGGGUGUGGCUUCGCUCAUCAGAAGUGUGACCCCCUUCUCUAUCUACUCUCCUCACACUGGAUGGCAGGAUUAUGAUGACAAUGUGAAAAAGAUUCCAACAGCCUGUAUCACAGUGGAAGAUGCUGAAAUGAUGCAACGCAUGCAAGAGAGGGGUGUGAAGAUAAGAGUGACAUUGAAAAUGCAAGCGAAGAAUCAUCCCCCUGUGAUGUCCCGAAACACUGUAGCGGAAAUUAAAGGAUCCAAAUACCCAGAUCAGGUCGUGUUGGUGAGUGGACAUUUGGACAGUUGGGAUGUAGGUCAAGGUGCUAUGGAUGAUGGAGGUGGAGCAUUUAUUUCAUGGCAGGUCUUAUCCAUAAUAAAACAAUUAGGCCUGAAACCCAAGCGCACUGUUCGAAUGGUUUUAUGGACUGCAGAGGAGGAAGGAGCAUAUGGUGCUCAACAGUAUUACAAAAAACACAAGGAUAAUGUCGGUAAUUUUGACUUGGUUAUGGAGUCUGAUGAGGGAACAUUUAUGCCACUUGGAUUCCACUUCAAAGGCAACUCUGCUGCAAUGACCAUUAUGAAGAAAGUCCUGGAGCCACUUCAAAAAGUCCGAUCUAUUCCCUUGUCCCCAGGAGGAGGAGGGGCAGACAUUGAUAUGUGGAUACGUGCUGGAGUUCCAGGGGGAAGUAUAUUUACAGAUGACAAUAGAUACUUCAAAUUUCACCAUACCAAUGGAGACACUAUGACAGUACAAGACCCAGUAGAAAUGAAUGUGUGUGCUGCCUUAUGGACAGUGGUAGCUUACACUGUGGCUGAUCUGGAAGACAUGUUACCUAGAGGUUGAAGCCCCGCGAACUACAGAGAGUAUUUUCCAUCUUAUUUUACUACAUGAAUUGUUAUAUUUGGAGUAAAAAGAAAAUUCUCAGUACAUGUAUAUGAAUUGAACUUCUUUCAAAUUGAUUGAAAAAAAAUGUUCUGAACAGUACAGAUAGACCCAUCACCAAACUUUCUAUAGCAUCUAUCUCACUCAUGUUUAUGUUCCCCUGAAAAGCAUAAUAGUUUUGAUAUUUAUUGAAACAAUGUACAUUGUAUUUACAUUUUUAUACAGUAUACAUAUUUUUAGAUGAAAGAAAAUCUGAUAUUUGCAUUUUAGUACAUGUAAUACCCAGUUUUUAGUUCAGCUGUGUUAGAAAGACCCCUCUGAGUUCAUUUGACAAGUUUGUCAGCUGUCUGUUUGUUGGGUCUGUUCUCACACAGAAAGCUACAUGUAUUUUGAUUUGUUGUUUGUUACCUUUGUGAGAGAUCAAACAGUUAUUGGGGGCCAUUAUAGAACUAUUCGAGUCCAGAAUAUAUACUUUAUAGGGAUAUACCUUGCAUAGGAAAUCUUUUCAGGUACAAAUAUGUUCAAAUUGGCAUCCAAUGUGAAUUUAGUUAAUUGUUCAGAUUAUGGACUGCAAGUCUUUAGUGGGAUCUCAAUAGGGAUCCAAGACUUUUUAGUGGAUACAAUGAGACUAAAAGAUGCAAGCUUUACCCCAGGGCCAUAAUAGGGGUCAGGCAUAUGUGUGUAAUAUCUUCAUUAAAAAUCUUUUCAAGGGAACAACUAUUCAAAUUAAUUUAUGAGUAUCUUUAUAUGAUAUAGGUUCAUGCUUGUUAAUUAAUUUAAGAGUAUCUUUAUAUGAUAUAGGUUCAUGCUUGUUAAUUAAUUUAAGAGUAUCUUUAUAUGAUAUAGGUUCAUGCUUGUUAAUUAAUUUAUGAGUAUCUUUAUAUGAUAUAGGUUCAUGCUUGGUAAUUAAUUUAUGAGUAUCUUUAUGUAAUAUAGGUUUAUGCUUGUUCAGUUUGUUGUGACUAUUGACUCAAUCUGUAUUUACUGUAUCAACAAUGACCUAGCCAAGUGUUCAUCAUUUUGUAGUAAUCAGUGGGUUAUGGCAUUUUGAACUUGCAUUGCUUUAUUUAUUAUACUUAACUUUUAGUUCUGUUUAGUGAUAUUAUCUAUUUGAACCCUGUAUUAUCAAUUCUGCUUACUGUAUACAGGGAAAUUGUCAUCCAGAAUUAUUUCCAGAUUUAGAUUCACUCAAAGCUUUUUAGCUCACCUGAACCGAAGGUUCAAGUGAGCUUUUCUGAUCACAUUUUGUCCGUCGACCGUCUGUAAACUUUUCACAUUUUCGACUUCUUCUCCAGAACCACUGGGCCAAAUUCAACCAAACUUGCCACAAAGCAUCCUUGGGUGAAGGGGAUUCAGAUUUGUUCAAAUGAAGGGCCAUGCCCUUUUUCAAGGGGAGAUAAUUAAGAAUGUGUGAAAUUUUGGUGGCAUCUUUUAAAAAUCUUUUUCUCAAGAAUCACUGGGCCAGAAAAGAUGAAAUUUAUAGAUAAGCUUUAUUAGGUAGUGCAGAUUCUAAAUUGUUAAAAUCAUGGCCCCGGGGGGUUGGAUGGGGCCACAAUAGGGGAUCAAAAUUUUACAUACAAAUAUAUAGGAAAAAUCUUCUCAAGAACCACUGAUCCAGAAAAGCUGAGAUUUAUAUGAAAGCUUCCUGAUAUAGUGCAGAUUCUAAAUUGUUAAAAUCCUGGCCCCCGCGGGUAGAAUGGGGCCACAAUAGGGGAUCAAAGUUUUACAUACAAAUAUAUAGGAAAAAUCUUUAAAAAUCUUCUUCUCAAGAACCACUGAGCCAGAAAAGCUGAGAUUUAUAAGAAAGCUUCCUGAUAUAGUGCAGAUUCUAAAUUGUUAACACCAUGGCCCCCGGGGGUCAGAUAGGGCCACAAGGGGGGAUCAAAGUUUUACAUACAAAUAUAUAGGAAAAAUCUUCUUCUCAAGAACCACUGAGCCAGAAAAGCUGAGAUUUAUAUGAAAGCUUUCUGAUAUAGUGCAGAUUCAGGUUUGUUCAAAUCAUGGUCCCCGGGGGUCGGAUGGGGCCACAAUAGGGGAUCAAAGUUUUACAUACAAAUAUAUAGGGAACAUCUUUAAAACUCUUCUUCUCAAGAACCACUGAGCCAGAAAAGCUGAGAUUUACAUGAAAGCUUUCUGACAUAAUGCAGAUUCAAGUUUGUUGAAAUCCUGGCCCCAGGGGGUCGGAUGGGGCCACAAUAGGGGAUCAAAGUUUUGCAUACAAAUAUAUAGGGAACAUCUUUAAAACUCUUCUUCUCAAGAACCACUGAGCCAGAAAAGCUGAGAUUUACAUGAAAGCUUUCUGACAUAAUGCAGAUUCAAGUUUGUUGAAAUCCUGGCCCCAGGGGGUCGGAUGGGGCCACAAUAGGGGAUCAAAGUUUUACAUACAAAUAUAUAGGGACAAUCUUUAAAAAUCUUCUUCUCAAGAACCAUUGGGCCAAAGAAGUUCACAUUUACAUGAAAGCUUCCUAACAUAGUGCAGAGUUAAGUUUGUUCAAAUUAUGGCCCCCUGGGGUAGGAUAGGGCCACAAUAGGGGAUCAAAGUUUUACAUACAAAUAUAUAGGGGAAAUUCUUUAAAAAUCUUCUUCUCAAGAACCAGAGCCAGAAAAGCUGAUAUUUACAUGAAAGCUUUCUGACAUAGUGCAGAUUCAAGUUUGUUCAAAUCAUGGCCCCUGGGGGGUAGGAUGGGGCCACAAAGGGGGGAUCAAAGUUUUACAUACAAAUAUAUAGGAAUAAUCUUUAAAAAUCUUCUUCUCAAGAACCAUUGGGCCAAAGAAGUUCACAUUUACAUGAAAGCUUCCUAACAUAGUGCAGAGUUAAGUUUGUUCAAAUUAUGGCCCCCUGGGGUAGGAUAGGGCCACAAUAGGGGAUCAAAGUUUUACAUACAAAUAUAUAGGGGAAAUUCUUUAAAAAUCUUCUUCUCAAGAACCAGAGCCAGAAAAGCUGAUAUUUACAUGAAAGCUUUCUGACAUAGUGCAGAUUCAAGUUUGUUCAAAUCAUGGCCCCUGGGGGGUAGGAUGGGGCCACAAAGGGGGGAUCAAAGUUUUACAUACAAAUAUAUAGGAAUAAUCUUUAAAAAUCUUCUUCUCAAGAACCAUUGGGCCAAAGAAGUUCACAUUUACAUGAAAGCUUUCUGACAGUGUAGAUUCAAGUUUGCAAAAACUAUGGCCUCCAGGGGUAGGUUGGGGCCAUAAUAAGGACUACGGUUUUACAUGCAAAUAUAUAUGGAAAGUCUUCUGAUAUGGACCAAGGUGAGCGAUGUGGCCCAUGGACCUCUUGUUUUUUGUUGUUUUUUUGUAAUCAGAACGAUGAAUAAAUCUAAACUCAUCCAAUUUUAAACUUUAGUAAGAAGGGGGGAAAAAAUAAAACUGGGCUGAAAACUUCCCAGUAUUAGCAGUUUCAUUGUCAAAUAACUCAACUGGCACUGAAGACUGAAAUGAGCUAUAUUAUUGUCUCCCCUCUUCCAGGGGGGACAUAUUGUUUCUGUUCUUUCUGUCUGUCCAUCCAUCCUUCCGACUGUCAUAAAAUCUUGAGAACACUUCUCCUGUAUGGCUUAUCGGAUAGAUUUGAACUUUGUCCAAUGCUUCAUUGCCAUUUGUAGCAUGUUGGUAGGAUGGGAGGAUCCAAAUUGUUAUCUUUUAAGUUAUAGUGGAUCUAAGAGGGGUGGAGGAUGUAAAAUAGCUUGUGAACACUUGUCUUCCUAUAUGGCUUAUUGGAUAAAUUUGAAACUCUGUACAAUAUGCUUCAUUGCCAUCUGUAGAUGUGUAUAUUGGUGGGGCGGGAGGAUCCAAUUGUUAUCUUUAUGUAUAGUGGAUCUGAGGGGUGGAGGGUGUAAAAUAGUUUGUGAACACUUCUCUUAUACAUGGCUUAUCACAAUUCAUAAUGUCAGUGUUCCUGCUCAUGCUUUCUACUCCGUACCAUGCAGUACAUUAAGGGGAGGAGGUUUCAAAUGGAGCACUUCCAGUUUGGGGAGACAUUUGUUUUUCAUAAAAACAAUCUCCAGUCUGAUCAUAGUCUGUCUGUUAUUUAGAAAUAAUGAAAAUAUUAAAAAGAUAUACUGUCAUCUUCUCAUUAUCACUGGGGGUUUGGUGAUUAGGAUGCUUACUUCAAAACCAGGAGAUCCGGAUUUGAUUUUUUUAUCCUGCCAACCAUGUUAAGCCCGAGAUGUUUAAAAUAAGUAGUGACCCUUUAGAAGGAAUUAACAAACAGCAUUAGAAGUGAAAGUCAUAUGUCAUUUGAAACUGACCUUUAAAAUGGAGAUCCUGUGUCUUGGUAAAUGUUGGCAUGAAAAAGAACCCUCAUUUUUAUGACCUUUGGUGCCAUGAAUAGAUCAAAAUUUGUCUCUACAUGAAUGAAAAUUUUUUGAAUGGGGCAUAACAAAAACAAAAUCUCAAAGCACUGUGUCAAGUAAUGACAAAUCUUGUGAUGUUCUAUCAGAUAUUGACCCUUUGGACAAGAACAAGGCCACAACAGGGAUUUAGAAUUCUUUUUUGUUAUAUUAUCAGGAAAUCUUUGAUAUUAUCUUUGUAGAUUCAAAUGUACUCAGAAAAUUCCUCAUCUUAGUAAGAAAGAUAACUUGUUGCUUUGUAAUCAAUGAAGUCAAUGAGCCUCUUAUUAUCAGUGCAGGUGGAGGGGGAUGGUGAUUUUUUAUUUUGUUAUACACUGAUUGUUGAUAUGGUGUUAAACUUUGUGGAUAAAGAUCUGGUCAAUUUUGAUUAUGCCAAUAGCAUGCAUGUAGAUUUGCUUGAAGUGAAUGGUCAUUUUACAAUCUAUCAAAUGUACCUGUACUAGUUUUAUCUUUUAUAUAACUUGUAAUCAUAUCGAAAUGUUUUUGGAGAAAAUGUUGUAUAUUUUGUUUGUUAAAUAUAUAUUUUAUUGAAGACUUA